AUGGAAAGAAGAAAGGAAAUACCCCCAAGUCAGCUACUGCCCCACCCCGAUGCUCCCUCCUCCUCCAAUGGUCAUGAACGAUGGCCACUGUCCCACCUUAAUGCCCCCUCCUCCUCUGAUGGUGAUCGAGAGGAUAGAUCCGACACCUACUCUUGCGAGUCGACCGUGAAUGAUGGCCGCUACCGCACCCUGGCACCCCCUCCUCCUCCUACGGCAGUUGCGAAUGAUGGCCACUAUCGCACCCCGAUGCCCCCUCCUCCUCCUAUGGCAACCGCAAAUGAUGGCCAUUGCCCCACCCUGGUACCCCCUCCUCCUUUGAUGAUAGCUGCGAGGAUAGAUCCGGUGCCUACUCUAGUGAGUCAGCCACUACCCUACUCCAGUGCCCCAUUUUUCUCUGAUGGUGGCCACGAACGAUGCUUCCGCACAUCCCUAUUGUCCGAAAGCUUUCGUGCAUCUGUGAGUUUUACGAUGGAGAUGAGCUUGAGGUUUUGA